CAUCGGUAUGGCUGUGGCUCUCUCGUAUAUAUAUUUUCAUUAUUGAGGAAACAUAAAACCAAAUCCAAAACCAGAGCCGCUCCAAUUUCAAGCUUCCAACCAAAGAAACUGUCUUCUUCAUCAAAACUGAUGCCCAUCUCCCAUAAUCGGGACAGUGCUGUGGAUUCCCAUACGAGACGCGAGCCGUUCAAAUUACUUAGAGCUCGCGAGCUUGUAGCUGCUGCAAGGAAACGAGCAAAAACGGGGAACGUACUCUCUUCUCGUUGCCGUAGCCGGAAAUCGGCCAUGGCUGCCGGGCAACCCCGCGCAGUAGUCUCCUCUUCCGCUUCUUCUUCUUCUUUGUUUAAACCCGCCCAGUUCUCGGCCGAUUCUCCGGCGAGGAUCGCUAUUUUGCCCGAUCAGUUGGACCGCUGCUCUGAAGCUCUGAGGUUUCUCAAGGAGAAGUUGCUGAUGCCCGACCGCAUUCUGCGCGAGUUCCAGUUUUUGCAGGACAAUAGGAUAGGAUCAUCUGACAUGAAAAGAAGCUGCUCAGUGGCUCUCGACAAUGUGAACUUGAGCAAAAAUCGCUAUUAUAAUAUCUUGCCAUUUGACAAAAAUAGGGUUGUUCUAAACUCCUGCAAGGAUUACAGACCAUCAGCAAGGGGCUACAUCAAUGCAAGUUUUAUAACGACUUCUUCCGAUGAAAGCAUUUCUCGGUUUAUAGCCACGCAAGGUCCACUUCCACAUACCUUUGAAGACUUCUGGGAGAUGGUAAUCCAGUAUCAUUGCCCAGUUGUUGUGAUGCUUACACGGUUGGUGGACAGCUCCAGGAUGGUGAAAUGUGGGGAUUAUUUCCAGGCAGAGUAUGGCCCUAGAGAAUUUGGUAAUAUCUAUAUCGUCACUAAAUGGAUGAGAGGAAUUGAAACUUCGUUAAUGUUGAGCCAUUUGGAGGUGAAGUACAAGGAGUCUGAAGAACCGCCUUUGUCUGUAUUGCAUAUUCAGUAUCCUGAGUGGCCAGAUCAUGGAGUUCCAAAGGAUACGUGUGUUGUUCGUGAAAUUUUUAAAAGAACAUAUCACGUUUCUCAAAGUUUAGGCCCAAUAGUUGUCCACUGCAGUGCAGGCGUUGGGAGAACUGGAACAUACUGCACAAUUCACAACACAAUCCAAAGAAUCCUUCAUGGUGAUAUGUCGGCUUUAGAUCUAGUUAAUACUGUUACGAAUUUUAGGUCUCAGCGAAUCGGAAUGGUUCAAACCCUGGAGCAAUACAUGUUCUGCUACAAAGCUGUAGUUGAUGAACUGGAAGACAUUGUCUCGGGUUAUAACAUUGAAAGGAGCCAGAAUGCUGGAGUGGCAACUAUGAGCUCAGAUUGAACAGAUGCUGACCUGAACAAAGUCAAGUUCAUCUGUGGGCACAUUGCUUCUGAAAACAAGAAGUUAGAACUGCAUUUUCCCCUGCCAGAUUGAUUUUGAUGCAUCUUAGUUCUGGUAAAACAAAGAACCCCGAUUAACAGCUGUCCUUGAGUCCCUUGGUCCUCUGCCCUUAAACUCACAGCAGCGUUGCAGUGCAUUAGAGCUGGAUUGCCCUUCGUUUCAUGCUAUACUGACCGCAGCUAAUUGUCAAAAUUUACAAGUCGAAUAAAUUGCUUCUGUUUUGGACUUUUGCCAAUUAAAGGAAGUGUAUUUUAAGUGGCAAUGUUUACCUGCUUAAUGCAAACAAUAAGUUCACCUCAUUUUCCUGUUUCAGAUUUCUGUAUGUUGAGCACUAUUAUGUAGUACAUAGGUUCAAAUGCCUAUCUGAUGCAGUCCCAAAA